AUUGCUUUAUUGGUUGUUAUAAAAAACCGUUUAAACUAUCAGUUCAAUCAAAUUGAAACAUUUAAAGUGAAUUUAUAGGUUUGAAAAUAAGUAAAUCUAAGAAUAGCUAUAGGAAUGUCAGCACAGAAGCAAUCGGUGACUCUUCAUGUCUACGAUGUGCCGGACGCAAACCAAUACAUAAAGAUAAUGUCACCAGAUUUGGGUGUUUUUCAUACGGGAGUCGAAGUUUACGGUAAAGAAUAUUCCUUUGGAGGACAUCCGCACGACUUCAGCGGUAUAUUUAUUACCACUCCUAAGGAUAUCCGAUCCCUAAGUGUUAGCGAUACUUUCAAAUACAAGGAAUCGAAACUAAUUGGUUAUACAGAGCUAACUGAAGACAGUAUUCAACAAAUAGUGACACAAAUGGGUGCCAAAGAAUUUCGUGGAAAGGAUUACAAUCUGAUCCGCAAGAAUUGCAAUGACUUUUCAAAUGCAUUUUGUAAAAGAUUGUGUGGUAAAGGCAUUCCCAAAGAUAUCAAUAAUUUAGUCAAAAUUAUAGCUCAAUAUCCAUGGCUUGAGAAACAGAUACCCAAAGAGUUUAUGACUCCAAAGACACUCGAAAACAAUGUCAAAGAGAGGGAGAAGAGAGACAAACAAAUGCUAAACAAACCAAAUGCCGAUAAUAAGGAAAGUAAUGAUAAUAAUAAGCAG